AUGAGAGAGUGGGAGAGAAUCAGAGCCAGAAGCAUAAUGAGAGAGAAGGAGAGAGUCAGAGGCAGAUACAUAAUGAAAGAGUGGAAGAGAGUCAGAGCCAGAAGCAUAAUGAGAGAGAAGGAGAGAGUCAGAGGCAGAUACAUAAUGAAAGAGUGGAAGAGAGUCAGAGCCAGAAGCAUAAUGAGAGAGAAGGAGAGAGUCAGAGGCAGACACAUAAUAAGAAAGAGGGAGAGGGUCAGGGACAAAAGCAUUAUGAGAGAGAAGGAGAGAAUCAGAGGCAGGGACAUAAUAAGAAAGAGGGAGGGCGUCAGGGACAGAAGUAUUAUGAGAGAGAAGGAGAGAAUCAGAGGCAGGGACAUAAUGAGAGCGUGGGAGAGAGUCAGAGGCAGAGACAUUAUAAGAGAGAGGGAGGGAGUUAGGGACAGAAGCAUAAUGAGAGAGAAGAGAGGCAGUGGCAGAGGCAUAAUGAGAGAGAGAGAAGGGAAGAGAGUCAGAGGCAGAGACAUAAUGAGAGAGAGGGAGAGAGUCAUAGACGGAAGCAUCAUGAGAGAGACAGAAGAGAGAAAGUCAGAGGCAGAGCCGUAA